AUGGCACAUCAAGCUUCGCAACCACACGGCCCGCUACAACUGGUGCGCGCCCCAGAACGUCCCGAAUUCACCGGCAAGAAAUCCGUCUUCUUAGCCGGGACCACGUCCAAGAUGGGAGAUGAGCCCGACUGGCGGGAUACCUUAAGCAGACAACUCUCGCGUCUUCCUAUUACGGUCAUCAACCCCACCCCACCCAAUUGGACUGACUGGCCGGAAGACAUAUCAUUCAAGCCCUUCCGUGACCAAGUCGAAUGGGAACUGGAUAUGCAGGAAAGGGCAGACAUAGUCCUGAUAUACUAUGGACCCAACACACUUGCGCCCAUCAGUCUUUUGGAGCUUGGUCUCUGCGCGCGCACCGGCAAGGCCAUUGUGUGUUGCCAUAAGGACUAUAAGAAGAGAGGCAACGUACAGAUUGUCGCCAAGAGAUACGGCAUCGAGUUGCUAGAGAAUGAGAAGGACAUGGCAGCAGCCGUGAUCAGGAAGCUCGGUUCUUUGGAUAAUUAGGCGUUGUCGGUAACUCGGGCAUUCGGGUUGUUUGGUUUAUUUGGGCUGUGGAUCCUAUUAUGAGUGAUGAAUUUCUCUUGAGCUUCUGAACGAGUUAGAAAUCAUUCCAAGCAACU